CUCCUCCGCGCCCUCGUUCUUCCCAGGGGCGCGGCGGCGAUCUGGCGGCGGCUCCAAGAGUCCCACCGCGGGCUCGGGGACGCCUGCAGCGGGCUUCUCCCUGGAGGCCCACGACGACGCGUUUUUUCGCAGCCUGCCGCCAGAGCUGGUGAGGGAGGUCCUCUCCCAGCCCGACGGCGAGGACGAGAGCGAGGCCACGAGGCACGGCGGCUCGAAGAGCAGCUGGGCCACCCCAGACAGCCGGAACAGCCAGAUCGGGGCGAGCUACGACGUGACCAAGUUUGUCAGCAUGGCCACAAGCCAGGGCGACUCUCGCCACAAUAUUGGCAGGGACGUCAGCCGGGCACACAUGCAGGAGUUCGAGCUCUGCCGUCGCGAGGCGUGCGCCUGGUUGCGCAGGGGCGAAGUGCUCGUGAAGCACCCUUUGAGACGAACUGACGGAGGUCGCUUCAGCACGCUAAAGGAGAUGCGCCGGAAGCCCCACGUGCUCCUGUCCAGGCGGAAGAAGUAUACUUUCGUGGUUUUGGACAGGCACAAGACCACGAGCGGCCACCCCGAGCUGAGGUGGGACCGGGACCUGCGGCGAGCGGUGUCGAAUCAGGCGAAAGGAUGCUUGGUGCUCUCCGAAGUUCACUAUGCGGCGGCUACUGUGCUGCACGAUGAAGCGGAGGUCUCGGAGAAGUUGCUGAACGAGUUUCAGAUAGUCGGCUCCAACUACUCGAUGAAGAUCGUGGCGCCGUCGCGGGAGUCCAUGAAGUUGUGGGUCGUUGGGUUGCUGCAGUUCUCGCAGAUCGCGAGGAAGAGGAAUUUGAAGUUCAAGCGGACAACUGUGGACGACGUGCUGUGGAACUCAAUCGUCCGCGAAUUUCAAAGAUUAGACAAGGACGGAUCUGGGGACAUCUCGACUGCGGAGCUCGCAGAUCUGAUCCCGUCAGCUGGCGGCAACUCGAGCGCAGUCAGCGAGAUGUUGUCCGAGUUUGACGUAGACGGCAACGGCACCCUCCAGCUGCAAGAGUUCGCACGGCUCUUCCAAGCUUUGUCGGUGAAGGACGUGCUGGCCCCUUGGUUCCUUAAGUAUGCGUGCCCUGUGACGACGGACCUCGGCUUGCAGACCAAGGGCAUCAGCGAGGCCUCCUUCUUGGAGUUCCUGGAGCGCGAGCAGCGCGAGACUGGCGCCGCAGGCUCGGUAUUUGCGGACCUGCAGUCCCCGCACGUCGUGUCCGUGGGAGGAAGGCUCCACCUGACCGAGCUGGGCCUCUCGUAUUUGCUCUGCUCCUCGAAGAAUCCGGCCUUCGACCCCGCCCGCGUGCAGAAGGUGCACCAGGACAUGACCCGGCCGAUCUCGCACUACUGGGUAUCGUCUUCGCACAACACGUAUUUGGAGAGGGACCAACUCUUCGGCAAAAGCGCCCUGGAGCAGUACCAGGACGUGUUGCUUAGAGGUUGUCGCUGCGUGGAGAUCGACUGCUGGGAUGGCGACGACGGCGAGCCUAUCGUGACGCACGGAUACACUGCCACCUCACGCCUGAUGUUCCAGGACGUCGUGCGCGUGUGCAGGGACUACGGCUUCGUGGCGUCCCCGUACCCCCUGAUUCUCAGCCUGGAGGUGCACUGCGGGCCGAAGCAGUUGGCGCGCAUGGGGCGCAUCCUGAACGAGAUCCUGGGCGACAGGUUGUUGAGACUGCCCGAGGGCGGCUUGUCCACUGCCGAGCUGGUCUCGCCCGCCGCUGCGAUGCGAAGGGUGAUCGUCAAGGGCAAGGUGCCACACGAGCUCAUCCUGGCAAACAGCGAGCUUGCAGAGGCGACCUCGGUGACCGCGGCCUCCUCGUUCAGCUCCGCCGGCAGCACCUUGGCCAGGGGCAGGAGCCAGGGCAGCAUCAUCAGCAACAGCAGCCAGCUGGAGCCAUACUCCUGCGACAGCUCGCCCUCGACACCCUCGAGACGACGGCGCGUGCUCGGACCGCUGAAGCAGUGCCUCUAUAUGUUGUCUCGGAUGCAUGGGAGACCGACGAAUCAUUUCCACCAUGAUUUCCAAUUGCCCGUCGAGUGCGACGAGGCAACCGAGCCGACUUCCCCGGGCGAGCGGCGGCGAGUCAAUUUUGGGGCUACGGAGGAGGCGCCAGCUGCCGAGGCGCUCCGACCCCCGGCGCUCAACCCAGACGACUCGCCGCAGGAGAGUCCUCGGGAAAGCUCGCCGCCGAGCCCCUCGUGGCACGGCGAGGCGUCGCAGGGCGAGUCCUCGCUCGACGUGUACAGCGCGCAGGAGCGCCCCUCGCACGGCUCUGGCAGCAAUUCGCUGGCGGCGACGCGGGCGGCGAGGCCUGCCGGCUCUGCGAGGAAUCUGCUGCGCCGCCUGGCGCGCGGCAAGGACGGCGUGGCCGCCUUCGACGUCGAGGGCGUCCAGGAGUACGCUCGGACGCUGUACCUGGUGGCGCGGAAGCCGCCGCGCGGCGGGCUGUGGCCCUCGCCGGCGGAGGGCGAGACGCGCAGCGAUCACGAGCUGGCCCUGUUCCCCUGCAACAUCAUGUCCUUCAACGAGAAGAAGGCGGAGAAGCUGCUGGGGGCGAACCUGAACCGCUCGCGUGAGCACCACCGGAACAACCUGUCGCGGGUCUACCCGAUGGCCACCCGCACCAGCAGCUCCAAUCCCGACCCCGUGCCCUUCUGGCUUGCGGGCGUGCAGAUGGUCGCCCUCAAUUACCAGAGCAUGGACCUGCCCGUGUUGAUCAACGAGGGGCUGUUCAGGAACGAGAACGGCGGUGCGGGCUACAUCCUGAAGCCCGACCUGCCGCCCCCGCCCCUUCAAAAGGGCGGCUGCGUGCUGGACGUGGAGGUGCUCUGCGGCCAGUACCUGCCCAAGCCGGGGGCAGACAGAGGCGGGGACAAAGGCAACAGGACCACCAAUCCCAUGGUCCGAGUCAGCAUUUCCGGCCUCGACGAAGACCGGAAGACGUGUGUGACCACGCAGGUGUUGGAGAAUGGCUUCAACCCGCGGUGGGAGGAGACCGUCUCCUUCGAGCUGCUGCAUCCGACGCUUUCUAUACUCAUUUUCGAGGUCGUGCACACUCGGAACCCGGCGGCCCACUCGCCGUCGCUGUUCGGCUGCCUCGGCGGGAGGAGGUUCAUUCGGCGGCGUAAGCCGCGCUCCUGGCAGAACGUUUUAGUGGGGGCUGGAAGAAGGUGCCGGUCGUGGAGCAGGCGGUUGCAGAGGCCAGACCGCAGCGCCAGCGCCGCCGCGGCGCGCGGCCGCAGGAAGGCCGAGGAGGUGGUGGCCGCGGCGGCUGUGCCCGUGGCCGGCCUCCGCGAGGGGCUGCGCUGGGUGCAGCUGCUGGACACCAGGUUUCAUCCCAUUGAGCGCUCGGGGCUGCUACUGGACAUCAGGCUCAGCGGCGCCUGGGCAUCGGAACGCCGCUCCGUUUCUGCAACUGCGGCGGCCAAGACAUCUAGGGCAGUCCCCACUGGGGCGCCCCCUGCUGCGUCGCCAUCGGCGCCGCAGCGGCGCUGCAUCUCCUUGUGCGAGUCUCCUCUUCCGCAGGAGGAGAGGAUCGUCACCCACACCGUGUCGCUCGCGAGGGAGAUGAUCAUCGCCGUCUGA